GCAAUAUUUGUUCAAAUGUGAAAUAUUUAAUAACGAUACAGCAUACAACUAUAUAAGCGAUAUAUAUAGGAACGAGACGUUCGUGAUACAUAAAUACGCCGGUUACGAAGUAAUAUAUAUAUAUAUAAUAUGAAGUUGUACAAUUUCCUUGCUGAAAAGUUGACUUUUGUUUUUACUGAUUUGAAACUGCUUCAAGUAGAAAAACUAGUAUAUGACAGAAAUGUCUUGCACAAGAUCGCAAUAAUAAUUUGCGCUGUAUUCGUUCGUAAAGUUUAACUACACGCGUUCAAACGCAUCGAAAAAAAUCAUAUAAUUCGUGUUCAUAUGAUAAAAAUUUAUUAAAAGAUCCUGAAUUAUAGAUAAUUGCAUAGCAAAAAAACAAUAUGUCGUAUAUAAACGAGCAAAAUCAGGGAAGCAAAUAUGGGCAACUUGCUAAAAAAUUAUUAAAGAUAGCUUCAAUAUCUGGUAGGAAGGUUGCACUCCGUCAUGUUGGUGAACCUAUCGAUUAUUCUACUGAAUUGUUGCACGAAUUUGGUACUACGGAUAUAACAAUUGGAGACGUUACAGCAGAUGUUAUGAUAACAACAAUGGGUAAAAUUCCAAAUGAAAUGUUUUACUUAGAGGAUACAGUUGCUACCGUAGUUCCACAAAGAAUACAAGAAACAUCUACAUUUGCAAAAGCUAUUGUGGCAACGCAAGGAUAUUAUCGACCAACAGAGUCCUCCAGCCAUUCGCCGGUUUUAAUUGCUUUAUUAACCGCUCUUUUUGUAAUAUUGUUAUUAUGCUGUAUUACAGCAUGUAUCGUAACUAAGUCGAAGAGGAGAAAUAAUUUCUUUGGGAAGGGAAACAUGGAGUGCGAACCAGGAUGUACAGGACUGAAUCAGCCCCUGCUAGGAAAACUUUCAACCACUACGAAUAAAACCAGCAUUAGCUCUUUGAGAAAUUAAAACUGAUUUUGACACUAACUUGCAUAAAACUAGCAAUAACUUUUUAUCGAGUAAAACACGGUCCUGAGGAAUUAUUAACGUGCGACGUAGAAAUGUAAUACAAGCUGAUUA